ACACGGCUGAGGCAUUCAGAGGGGGAGUUGGGCACGGAAACGGCAAAGGCCACCCGGGUGCCAACAUGGACAGGCGGACACUCGCUCUGCUCUGGGUUUUCAUCCUCCCAGGUAAGGAUGCAGCUGCCUGCCAGAGCCUGCAGACUUGGGCCUAGUGGGAGAAGCCGCAGGAGGUGCUCCCAGCAAGAAGGUGGCUUCCAAAGCUGGGAGACUUGGAGGUGGAUAUGCGGAACGGUUCACUUCUAGUGAGGAGUCCUGGGGUUCAGGCUAUUGGCAUCAACAGGAGGGACAAGGAAGGACUUUUAUGCCCCUUCAUGCUAUCUAUCUAUCUGUCUGUCUGUCUGUCUAUCUAUCUAUCAUCUAUCUAUCAUCUAUCUAUCUAUCUAUCUAUCUAAUCUAUCUAUCAUCUAUCUAUAUUUCAAGUUUAUACAUUUCACUAAUUUUACAUUCAUUUUGACAUUUCAGAACUUGACCUCCUUCCCCCUCUUUCUGCAGUUCCUUAAAUUUGUUUUUAACACAUUCUGCAUAUCCAAAUGAACUUAAUUUGCUCAUUUAUUCAUCUUCUUUAAAUAUAUACUCUUAUGAAACUGCAGGUUGUUACAAUAACCCUGCCAAUGUUUUUAUCUGUUUAUAAUUUAUCUGUAAAUAUUCAAUAAACCAUUUGCAUUCUUUUGUUUAAAAAAUUGUUAUCUUGAUUUCUUAUUCUUCCGGUAACUUUCGCCAUUUCUACAUAUUCCAUAAGUUUUUGUAUCCAUUCUUCCUUUACUGGGACUUCCGCUUCUUUCCAUUUUUGGGCAAGUAACAUUCUUGCCGCUGUGGUAGUAUACAUGAAUAAGUUUCUAUACAUUUUAGGUAGUUCUCUCCCUAUAAUUCCCAAAAGAAAAUCUUCUGGGGUUCCCCCCCCCCAAGGUUAUUUUUAACAUCCUUUUCAUUUCAUUAUAUAUCCCCCCUUCAUGUUAAACCAGAAUAAGCGUCCAGCAUUUAUUGAAGCUGAUAGAUGAGGCAAAACCCAUUUUCUAUUCCCCAAAAUUCUUGUGGAUACUUAUCUUUCAUGCCUUCUUAGAGAAAGGCAUAUUCUUGAACCUGGAAACUUCUUACCAGAUGGUGGAGACGAGGAAGGGCUUUGGGCACUCUGCGUUUGCUCAGGGCAACUCUUUUUUUCUCAUAUUUCAUGCUCCAGCGCGGGCGUUCAAGCACAGAGAGCAUUCAAAGAAAAGGGGGGUUGUUGUAUUGCAGCUGCCUUGACUCAAAAGAGGGGCAGAACCAGAGGGAUAUUGCAUCCAGGUUCAGCUGAAGGGUUAAACUGAGAGCUGAUGUGAUGUAAUGGUUGGUGUGUCAGACCAGGACCCAGGAGACAAGGGUUCGAAUCCCCACUCGGCCAGAAAGCUCUGUGCAGUCUCUGUGUGUGGUUUGGGAGCUGCACAGUCAGGGAAAAAGCAAUGCUGACCAGGGUUGUAAAGACUGUGGAGAGAAUAAUUGGGUGCACUCUUCCCACCUUGGAUCAAAUCUAUGCUUCCAGGUGCCAUAUGAAAGCUGCAGAGAUAGUGCAGGAUAGUGCGCACCCCGGAAAUUAUCUCUUUCAGCUUCUGUCUUCUGGAAGAAGGUACAGGGUUAUAAAGGUACAGGACUAGCCGCCUGAGAAAGAGUUUCUAUCCAAAUGCGAUUUUGAUUUUAAACGCAGUGUAAGGAGUCUCUAUGGGUGUAUAUUGUAUUUAAAAAUGGGGUAUCAGAGUUUUUAGGGGGCUAACCAGGCUGGGAUAGCUGGGAUAGCAGGCUUGUUGGUUUUUGAAUGUCUUAUGUAGAUUUUUUCAAUUUCGUUGUUCUGUAUGGGACAAUGACAAUAAAGAUUAUCGUAUUGUAUAGUAUUGUAGCUCACAGGGUGACACUGUCUCUCAGUCUAGCCUACCUCAAAGGGCUGUUGUGAGGAACUCUUCCUACUGAUGUCAGCCAGGCCCCGUCACUGCACCGUUUUCGGCACAUGCCAAAAACAUUUUCACUUAGACAAGCCUACCCAGGUGGCGUGCUCUGGUCCGUGGGGUCAUGAAGAGUCGGACACGACUAAACAACAACACCCAGGUGUUCCGAAAGCUGGUGCGAGUUCUAAUCUGUUUCUAGCCUACUGUUAUUUUAGCAAGUAGAUAAAUAGGUACUGCUCUGGCGGGAAGGUAAACGGCGUUUCCGUGCGCUGCUCUGGUUCGCCAGAAGCGGCUUAGUCAUGCUGGCCACAUGACCUGGAAGCUGUAUGCCGGCUCCCUCGGCCAGUAAAGCAAGAUGAGCGCCGCAACCCCAGAGUCGGCCACGACUGGACCUAACGGUCAGGGGUCUCUUUACCUACCUUUUUAAAUCCAUUUUGGGGGGAGGUAUUGCCUUGUUGUUUUUUUAUUAUGCAUUUUUGUGUGUUUUUGUUGUAUUUGUGUGUGUGUGUGUGAACCACCCUGAGUUCUACAGAUGAAGGGCGGUAUACACAUUUUAAUAAAUAAAAAAUAAAAAAUAAAUGUCUGAGCUUGCAGGAAGGCUGAUGAGCUGGAGCAAGGCUCUGCCCCUUCUUUGGCCAGCUCCUGGGAUGAACCACCGCCAAAAAGGGUCCAUCUGAGCUCCCCCUGCUUCUCUCCCCUUCCCUCCAGCAACCCUGGGCGUGAACAUGGAGGAGAAGCUCAUCAAGUACCUCUUUGAGGAGAAUGGCUACAACAGUAAACUGCGGCCCGUUGCAUCCAAGGAUGAAAGCGUCACCGUCUCCCUGGCGCUGACCCUCUCAAAUCUCGUCUCCCUGGUGAGCCCACCUUCCGGGAUCCGUCAGCAACUGCUCACCACUUGUUGUCUUACAUGAAGAGCGUAAGAGCCCCUCUGGAUUAGCCCCCAAAAGGCCCAUUUGGUCCAGCCUCCUGUUCCCCCACAGGGCCAACUGGAUGCCUUUGGGAAGCCCAUAGCCCCUCUCCACAUCUUGCAUUCGGAUGUUGAAGUGAAGGACAUGAGGCAGGAGUUGGUAAUGCAGGUGAGCUGUGCACAAGCAAGCUGCCAGCUAGCUCUGCUGAGGCUCUUUUUAUUAGCACAAUAUGCAAAACCAGUCAGAUACAUUUUGGACUGUGCCCUUUACAUCUUCCAAUCAUGCGAUCGUGGGGUGGUACAAAGUUAUUUUGGCACCUGUUUCCACCACGUCACUUUCCCCUUGAACAAUGAAUAACGAAGGAGACAAAGGUCACAGACAGGGCACGGCAGAAAGCUAAGAGAGCAAAGGUUAGAUAGAGGGCAUGAUGUUCAGACAGCUGUGGCUUGUCUGCGGGCGGAAGUGUGCUCCACACCCGGCGGUCAUUCCUUCAAGAGGUACACUGCUGCGGAACAUGGAUGCUCCAUUUCACUGUUGUGGCUAGAAGCCGUUGGUAGACCAUUGGUAGAUGAAUUCAUAAAGAUGAAUUCACAGUCAGAGACAGCGAUGCGUCUGAAUGCCAGUCGCUGGAAACCACAGGAGGUCUGUGCUUGGAUCCUGCUUGUUCCCUCAGGCAUCUGGCUGGCCAAUGUGAGAACAGGAUGCUGGACUGGAGAGACCAUUGGCUUGAUCCAGCAAGGUUCUUAUUUUGUCCAAGCUCUGGUUUAAAACCAUCUCAGGCAAUGGCCAUCACCUCAGGGCUACUGUAUCUGUGUCCUGUGUUGCAGAUCCUGUCCUGCUGGUUAGAUCAUAUAAUCCCCAAAGCCCGUCCCAAUUUUACAAUUGCAAUCCCCAUAAAUUUAUUGUGUGCAUUCUGAAGAACCGUUGCCUUUCGUCUGGGGUAGAUGGACCAACGGUUUGCUUUGGUGUGGUGCAAUUUCCUGUGUUCCUGUUCCCCUCUCCUUCUCCUUCUAAUUGGAGCAGCCUAAUUUCAAAGCCUCAGCAUCCUCUGUGACAAAAGCGAUGGUACCCAGGGCCGUCUUUAGUCUAUGUGGCGCCGGGAUGCAAAAACUGGCCAGCGCCCCCAAUUUUGGGGGGGCAGGCCAAAGUUGUUGAGCCUUUUUUAGGGGGGCAGCUCAGAGUUGUUGAGCUUUUUUGGGGGGGGCACGCAACACUCUCCCAUGCCGCUGGGUUUGAUCCUCCCUUAUUGUGUGUUAUUGCAGAAAGAGGCCGACGAAACUCUCACCAGCAAUGUCUGGAUUGAGCAUGUGAGUAGCAGAAUGCCCCUGCCAGCUCCUCCAACCCAAAUCAAAGCCUGGUCAUUGAAGUUUGUGUGUGUGUGUGUUGGUUCUCAAACUUAAUCCAUUCCGGAAGUCCAUUCCAAAACCAACGCGUUCCAAAACCAAGGUGCACUUUCCCAUACAAAGUAUGGGACGCUGGCCGCUUGUGGCCCAUGGGCCUUAGGUUGCGGACCCCUGACCAAGACGUUUGAGAACCAAGGUACUACUGUAUAUCUUCAUUACUUCCAGCUGAGCUAAUAUGCUAAUUUGAACUCCUGAUUCGUGGCGCAUUAGGCUUCUGUUUUGAGGGUGUAACUUCAUUGUUGAUCUCACGCUGUUUGCUGCUGUGAAUUUUCUCUAUCUCUCUUAACGUUGGCAUUAUAGAAUUUUUUUUGCAGGUAAUUAAAAUAAAGUAAAUCCCCGCAGGAGUGGAUGGACUACCGGCUGAAAUGGAAUGAGACAGAAUUUGGGGGCAUCAGUGUGCUCCGCCUGCGACCAGACAUGCUGUGGCUGCCUCAGAUUGUCCUGGAGAACAAGUGAGCACCAGCUAAGUCGCCCUUAGGGUUGCCAAAUCAGUGGGACCACCAUGCUCCUCUGCUUUCUGAGGCAGCUGGCUCUGCAGGACCUUAGCGGGCGAUGUCUCCCUCCAGGCUGGUUCUUUCCUACAUGGGCUGCAGGGCAAGGGUGGCAUGUCCUGUGUUGGCACCAGAGGCAAAAUGGGAAGUGCUGACCGGCCCUACCAUUGCCGCACAAUCUCCACGGUCAGAAGCAACGCCGUUUUCCAGCGAGAUCACGCCGAAAUCUCACAAUAUCUUGAACGCCCCACGAGAUCUUGCAAGAUUUGUGGAAUGCUCCCCCUAGGGAGGUUCGGCUUGUGCCAUCGUUAUACACUUUUAGGUGGCAAGCAGGCCUUUGAUUAAUAAUAAUAACAACAGCAAUAAUUUUGUUAUUCCUACCCUGCCCAUCUGACUGGGUUGCUCCAGCCACUCUGGGCUGCUUCCAACAUAUAUAAAAACAUAAUAAAACAUGACACAUUAAAAAGCUUCCCUAUACAAGGCUGCCUUGCAUAGCGAUUAACAUCUGAUACCCUUUUAAAUGUGUUUGUGAGAGCGGGUGGUCGGAAUGGGUGGGAUAUUCGUUUGUCUUUGUUUAGAUUAUGCAUUUUUAUAUUAGUAUUUUUAUGCUGCGGACCUCCCUGAGAUCUACGGAUGAAGGGGGCGGUAUACAGAUUUAAGAAGUAAGAAUAAUCGUCCUGGAAAUCGGCACCAAAGCAACUUCUCCAUUGGUGGGGGGGGGUUACCCAUGGGGGGGAAACACCUCAGGGACUUCCACCAACUGAGAUGGCAGCUUCACUUCGCCUCCUGGGUGGGCCAGGUCUGGUUUCGGGGGAGGACAGAGGCCACGGUUCCACGUGGAGAGCAGAAACGCCUGCAUGGACGGGAGGAUCGCCUUAGCUUGGCGCAGGAUCCCGCCCAGUGUCUCUGCGUCCCCCUGCUUCCUGGGGGCCUGCCUUGCCUCAGCAGACAGGAAGCAGUUCCCCGGGAAGGACGAUGCCCUUCUCAGCCCACGGCUCCCUCUCCCUUUGCAGCAACGACGGGACCUUUGAGGCCACCUACGAAGCCAACAUCCUCCUCUCCUCGGACGGCAGCGUCUACUGGCUGCCGCCCGCCAUCUUCCGCAGCGCCUGCCCCAUCAACGUCAACUACUUCCCCUUCGACUGGCAGAACUGCACCUUGAAGUUCACGUGAGGAACCUCCAGCCCCCUUGCUGGGCUUCUUCGGCGCGUGCGGUUGGGUCCCUAGAAACUGCCACAUGGCUCAUUCAGUAGAGUGCGAGACUCUUCGCCUCAGGGUCGUGGGUUCGAGCCCAGCGCUGGGAGCAAGAUUCCUGCACGGCAGGGGGUUGGACUAGAUGACCCCCGGGGUACACCUUCCAACUCUACAGUUUUAUGAUUCUAUUAUUCUGAUUCACACAUUUUUUGGCAAACCAUUUCCCCUCGUAUGAUGCAUUUUCAGAUGGUAAUAUACGUAUUGCUAUGCUCGCUUUACCCUGUCAAGUGCACACUCUCUCUGUUUUGGUACACAUUGAUCACAGAAUUGGUUCCCUUUAAUACAGGCACGUCCAACUCCCCAGAGACUGUGAUCUACUCCCAGUAUAAAAGAAUCUGGCAGUGAUCUACCCAUUGUCAUUGGAGGGAGGAGGAGCAUGGGGGGGUGGAUAGACUGCCCAGAGUUGUUGAGCUUUUUUAUUUUUAUUUUUUUAGGAGAUCCUGCAAUCUACCAGGAUCAGCCAGGGAUCUACCGGUAGAUUGCGAUCUACUGGUUGGACAUCCCUGCUCUAAUUCAACCCCUUGUAUUGCAGGAGUCACAGCUAUUGAGGUCUGGGGGGUCGCUGGGCCUGAGGUUCCCAUGUGUGUGUGGGGGGGUGGUUAAAGGCUUCAAACAGACCGUCCGUCGGUUUUAUGAAGUUUGCUUGGUGGGGCAGAGACGGUUCAAAGGCAUCCGUGGAACCUUCUGCCACAGGAUUCUCUGCUAACUGGCUUUCCGCCUGCCUUUCCCAGCUCUCUGAUGUACAGUGCCAACGAGAUCAACCUGGAACUAAUGUCGAAGACAGACGAAGAGACCAAUAAGUUGUACGUGGUGCAGUGGAUCAUCAUUGACCCGGAAGGAUUCACCGGUAAGUGGGGGGGAGGGGGGAAUGUCCUCCUAUAGGGGGGUCAGCAGCGGUGGGAGGAGGUCUCCCAACCCAUGCCCUUUCAAAGUUGUAGGGCAGAAAACCAUCGUCCUCAAUGGCUGGGGGAAGAUUAUCCACCCCAUGGGCUGCAUUCCGAUCUGGGCAACAUGCCAAAGGCCACGUGUGGGCGGUGGGCGGGGCUAGAGGCAAACUGGGCGGAGCAAUGAGUGCAAUUUUCACUUUUGUACAGCAGCAGUGCCGGAUUUAUGUAUAAGCUAAACAAGCUAUAGCUUAGGGCCCCGUACUCUUGGGGGUCCCCAAAAAAUUUAAAGGAAAAAAAAGGUGGAUGUACAUUUCCACAAGAUAAAAAACAAAUAAAAUAAAACCUACAUACAGCAACAGUGUUUUGUGUUGUGUGGGCUCCUGUGAUGUAAGUCAUGGGCCCCGCCUGCUAGCCUGCUCCCUAAAAUAUCACUGGUUUGCUCAUUUCUAUAUAUAGGGUGCCUACAUUCUGCAUGCACUGGUGGCAUGGCAACAUGUAGCAUGCAGCUGUAGACUGCAGGGCAGCACACUUGAAUGUAGGUCAAGCUGUUGUACCUGUUAUCUAAUAUUAAAGAGUGCUUGUAGAUUGAUGAUCAGGCAGCGUAGACUAAGGGUAUGAAUCUUAUGCCUACUGAUUGAUUUCAUGUAAUACAUAAUUUAUUUAUUUUGAUCCCAUUAUGGCUUUAGGUACCUAUUAGGUCCAUAAAUUACCAUAUAGCAUACAGCGGGUGCUUGGGUUGCGAACGUGAUCCAUGCAGGAGGCACCGCGUCUGUGCACGCGCGGGUUGCCAUUCAGCACUUCUGUGCAUGUGCAAGCGCCAAAACCCAGAAGUAACCUGUUCUGGUGCUUCUGGUUUCAGCGCAGUGUGCAACCCGAAAUCGCGCAACUUGAAGCGUCUGUAACCCAAGGUAUGACUGUAUAUUCAAAAAAAGCGACAAUUUGUUGUUGACAAAGGACAGCUGGACAUAUAAAGGGCUCAUCCAACCUGAAUCCGGCCUUGUACAGUAGGCUAGUUUCAACACACCAACAUACCUUUCUCUCCUCCAGGCAGGCAUUAUCAGGGUUCAAGGACACAUCUCAUUCAGGGAGAAGCACCCAAGGUGGGCAUGAAGGCGGGCCAGGAGAGGGAAUGGCAAUGGAGAAGGGUGUGGCAUGGGUAAAAUUUCAGGGGCCAGAAAGAGUGGCUUGGAGGGCCUGAGGUUAGACCUUUCGGUUAGAGAAUCCUGGGACCUGUAGUUUACCCUCUCACGGAGUAUAAUAAUAAUAAUAAUAAUUUAUUUAUACCCUGCCCUUCCUGGGCUCAGGGCGGCUAACAACCAAUUUAAAACACUUAAUUGUAAAAGCAGCAUAACAUACAGUAUAAAAACAUUAAUAAUAAUAAAAUUCAAAGUUCAGAAAUCAAUUUAGGGGAAAUCCAUCUAAUAAACACUAGAUAGUCACCAGGGCUAGAUGGCUGAAUUAGUCCUACUUGGGCCAGCGAGGAGACCAGGGGACUCUGUGGGGUCCCAGAGCGGGUAAUCUUCAUAAAAAGGGACGGGGAGGGAAGGAAGGGGAAUAAAAGAUCAGGCUGAAUUCAAAUUAAUGGCCAGGUGGAAGAGCUCUGUCUUACAGGCACGGCGAAAGGAGGUUUAAUCCUGCAGGGCCCUAUUCUCAUGGGACAGAGCAUUCCACCAGGUCGGAGCCAUCACUGAAAAGGCCCUGGUGGAGGAUAGUCUGGCUUCCUUAGGGCCUGGGACCUCUAAAUUAUGGUUAUUCAUGGACCUUAAGGUCCUCUGCAGGGCAUACCAGGAGAGGCGGUCCCGUAAACACGAGGGCCCUAAGCCACAAUGUGGCAGCACCCUUAAUGAAACUACAUCUCCCAGCAUUCUCUGGGAGAAUGCCAAAUGUCCACCCUGCCUGCCUCCCUCCUGGUUCAUGGGCCUUGUGAAUCUGUCCCCCUCUCCUUGAAUGCUCACGACACCCCUGUUAAGAGCUUGGGAGUAAUUUUACUUAUCAGCGCUCAGGGGAGUCCCCGAGUUUCAAGACAAUAAAGCAUUAAGACAGCACUUUGCAACCACGGCCCAUCAAUACAAAAUAAUAAUUCCUUGCAUUUAUGUGGAACUUGCAGAGCGUUCAAAGCGCUUUCUCACAAUUAUCUUGUUGUGAUCCUCACAGCAUCUCCAUUUGGCAGAUCCAGUAAUAGCACGGUAAUUCACCCUCUUUCGGAUCCAAUUCGCUGCGUGCCGUCGCUUUGUGUAGCUGGCGGGGGGCAGGGGGAGAAGGGAUGGGAUGGAGUGGCUGGAGUCCUCAGCAGACGUGCUGAAGCUUUUUUGUUGCAGGACUCCCAUCUGCUAACCUCAUUGCAGAUGAAGGCUGAGUCAAUAACCCCUCAAAAAUCAACAGUAGAGAAGAGAUGGUUUGAUCUUCCUGCUCGGUUCAUGUUUGCACUGGCUCGGCCUCUCCUACCUUGAAAAUGUCCCCUUGAGCAUAUGCAUAAAGAGAUUAUUGUGGACUUUAGGAAAUGUAAAUUGAAUAUUCAGCCACUCAUUAUUGAGGGGAAGUGCGCGGAACAGAUCUCGGUGUUUCGAUUUCUGGGAAUGGAGUUAAGAGAUGACCUAACCUGGGGAGAAAACACUAAAGACCUGAUGAAGAGAGCACAGCAGAGGUUAUAUUUUCUGAGAAUCCUCCGGAAAAAUAAUCUCUCAAAGGACCUGUUGAUGGCAUUUUACCAUUGCACUGUUGAGAGUGUAUUAACUUAUGGUCUCUGUGUGUGGUUUGGGAGCUGCACGGCCAGGGGAAAACAAUGCUGUCCAGGGUUGUAAAGACUGCGGAGAGAAUAAUUGGGUGCACUCUUCCCACCUUGGAUCAAAUCUAUGCUUCCAGGUGCCAUAAGAAAGCUGCAGAGAUAGCGCAGGAUAGUGCGCACCCCGGAAAUGAUCUCUUUCAGCUUCUGCCUUCUGGAAGAGGGUACAGGGUUAUAAAGACUAGGACUAGCCGCCUGAGAAAGAGUUUCUAUCCAAAUGCAAUUUUGGUUUUAAACGCAGUGUAAGGUAGUCUCUAUGGGAGUAUAUUGUAUUUAAUUAUGGGGUAUCAGAGUUUUUAGGGGGCUAACCAGGCUGGGAUAGCAGGCUUGUUGGUUUUGAAUGUCUGAUGUAGAUUUUUUCAAUUUCGUUGUUCUGUAUGGAACAAUGACAAUAAAGAUUAUCUUAUUGUAUCACACAUUACUCUGGAUGUCAGGACUGGACGCCUGCCCUCACAUCCAUUUUGAACAGAGGAGCUUCUCUCUGUGGCUGUGUGGCACUGGCUGAUGUAGGUGCCUUUUUUCACUGGUGGUGGGGAUGCCUGUCUCUUUUCCCUAAUCUUUUAGAUGUGGCGGCCAUUUUGUAUUAUGCUUCGCCUCAUCAGCAGCCAUAUUGUGCCCCUCUACAUUUCGACAGCAGCCAUAUUGCGACUGGCACCCUCCUGGCACUUUCUCCAGAUUCCAAAAUGAGCCCGCUGGCACAAAAAAAGAUUGAGGAGAAAGGAGUAGAGAGGUUUUGUCCUUCUUACCUACAGCCUUGUACAUAGUAGGGAGACGCACAACCAGACACACAGAGGGAAGACUUCCUCAGAACCACGCAGCCAACCAGAGCAUGUGUUACCUCAAUGGAGAUUGUGCCACUCCAACUGGCUGCUAAGCAACACCGCCAUCUCCCUCAUGGCUCGUUGACUUUAACAUUAACAGAAUUAAACUUUAAGUUGCAAACCGAAUUAACGCUGCUGCCGUACUUCCAAUGGCUAGGAGCCCUCUCCAUUCUGGGUUCCUGUGAACUGCGACAUACUCUCUCUCUCUCUCUCUCUCUCUCUCUCUUUCUCUCCCCCCUAUCCAGAGAAUGGCGAAUGGGAGAUCAUUCACAGGCCGGCCCGCAAAAACACUGACCCAGGCGCCCCUCGCGACAGCAACAAGCACCAGGACAUCACCUUUUACCUCAUCAUCAAGCGCAAGCCCCUUUUCUACAUCAUCAACAUCGUCACCCCCUGCAUCCUCAUCGCCUUCAUGAUCAUCCUGAUUUUCUACCUGCCUGCUGACUGUGAGCAAAAUCUAACCUUCAAGUCCAACCCUGUAUGCAGCCACCCCAGACAGGGAUCGAACCUGUAACCUUGGCAUUAUCAGCACACUACUCUCACCAACUGAGCUAUCAAUAUCGAAGCAUGUGCCAAUGAGGGUGGGAUGUGUAGCACCAGUUCCGGGCUCAAUUUGAAGUUCCGGUUUUAUCUCUAGAGAAUUAUGUGGCUCAGGACCCCAAUGCCUCAAGAAUUGCCUCUUGAACUGACCCAGAUCCUGCAAUCAUCAUCUGAGUCUCUUCUCUGUCUUCCUCCUCCAUGGGAGGCCCAGAGGGUGGCGAUAUUCUAGAAGGGCCUUUUUAGCGGUGGCUCCCUGUUUGUGGAAUACUUUCCCCAGGGAGCCACACCUGGCACUAUCUUUCUCUAUCUGCAGGUGCCAGGCAACUUAUUCUUUAUUUUUACCUUCUCCUAGCCUUUUGACCCUUAAUUUGAAGGCUCUCAGGUAUUUGGAGCCUAUUUUAGUGGGGCAGGUUCCACAAGGCCUGUCUUCUACCUGCACAGGUGUGCUUUGAGUUUUCAUUGCUCCUGUUUGUUGCAGUUGAUUUCAGCACUCAUAAUAUUUGUGUGAGUCUCUAUGUCUUGCUUCCUAGAGGAAAGUGGCUAAUAAACUCCCUUCUGCUCCUCCUUUCGUGCCUUCCAGGUGGGGAGAAGGUGACCCUGGCCAUCUCCAUCCUGCUGGCUCAGUCUGUCUUCUUGCUGCUGAUCUCCCAGCGUCUCCCAGCCACCUCCUUAGCCAUCCCUCUCAUUGGCAAGUAAGUCUUGCUCUGCCUGGAACACUAUCUUGGAGGACUAGGCUAUCAAGGUCUAAGAGCCGUGAUGGCUACACUCUCCCUCUUGAACCUCCUGAUCUAGCAGCUAGCCUUUCCUUGUGUUCUCAGCCUGCUUGUCCCCUUGUGAUCCUUAUGAUUUUGCAUUCUCCCCCUUCCUUGUUCAUUCAGAUUAUUUCCAUCAUUCAGUAUGAAUUGUGCAGCUGCCUGGAAGGCUCUUGAAUGGGGCAGCAGCUGUGCAGGGUGCCAUCAUUUGAAAACAUAAAUAUUGCGCCAGGGACCGUGCUGAGGAAGGCUGCACUGAGGAAGAAUGGUGGGAGCUACCCCCUCACCCUUGAUCCUGAAUCUUCCCAGGAGCAGGAGGACAGUAUAGAUUUGGAACAGUGGUUUGCAGAGGGGCAUAGUUCCGAAGGCAGAAGCUGGGAAAUACUGGAUGGGGAACAGCUAGAAUAAGAACAACUGGGAGAGAGAGGGUUAACAGAUUCACAGUCUUUGGGUAGCAUUCCUCCACCGCCCUCCCCAAGGUCAAGAAGAGCUCAGAAAGUCUCAGAACAGAAAGCGCAGAGCGUACAAGCUCAGAUUACAAGACGUAGGAGUGACGUAGAUUAAUAGGGACAGAGCGGGGAGUAACCCUUAAUUGGGAGCACCGCCAUUUCUAGGGAGACGUGUUCUUUUGUCUCUCACUGUGAUUAUUAAAGAAUCUAACCGGUAAGUCAUUCCUUUCGUUUGAUCUUAGUAUUCACUGCCAUGGGCGAGGAAGGCGAUUCCCUGAAGCCUGACAUAUUGGCCCCCAUUUCUUUCAAAUGCACCUUCUGCCUCUCCCCCCUUCCCUGGGCAGGUACCUGCUUUUUGUCAUGCUGCUUGUGACUGCCGUGGGGGUAGCCAUCGUCACAGAGCUCAACAUCCAUUUCCGGACCCCCAGCACCCACAUCCUGACCGACUGGACCAAAGAGGUGAGCUGUGAGGGCCGGGUAACAGGGAGGGGGUGGAGAUGUGUAAAUCCCACAUACCAUGCACCCAGGAAAUACCGCCAGUGUGGCAGUGUAGCAUAGUGGUUGGAGCAGGACCUCUUGUAGACCAGGGUUCAAAUUCCCACUGGGCCGCAAAGCUGCUUAUAUCCACUCAGACCAUCUAUUGCCUACACUGAAUGGCAGCAACUCUCUGGGUCUGAGCAGUAAUAAUAAUAAUAAUAAUAAUAAUAAAUUACUUAUAACCUGCCCAUUUGACCGGGCCUCCCCAGCCACUCUGGGCGACUCCCAACAGAAUAUUAUAAACACAAUAAAACAUUAAAAACUUCCCUAAACAGGGCUGCCUUCAGAUGUCUUCUAAAAGUUUAUUUCCUUGACAUCUGAUGGGAGGGUGUUCUACAGGGCGGGCGCCACCACCGAGAAGGCCCUCUGCCUGGUUUCCUGUAAACACUUCUCAUAGGGAGUGAACCACCAGAAGGCCCUUGGAGCUGGACCUCAGUGUCUGGGCUGAACGAUGGGGGUGGAGACGCUCCCUCAGGUAUACUGGGCCAAGGCUGUUUGGGGCUUUCAAAGUCAGCACCAACACUUUGAAUUGUGCUCGGAAAUGUACUGGGAGCCAAUGAAGGUCUUUCAGGACCGGUGUUAUGUGGUCUUGGUGGCCGCUCCCAGUCACCAGUCUAGCUGCCGCAUUCUGGAUUAGUUGUAGUUUCCGGUCACCUUCAAAGGUAGCCCCACGUAGAGCGCAUUGCAGUAGUCCAAGCGGGAGAUAACCAGAGCAUGCACCACUCUGGCCAGACAGUCCGCGGGCAGGGAGGGUCUCAGCUGGAGUACCAGAUGGGGCUGGUAGACAGCUGCCCUGAAGUCUGAUCCUAGUGCUACCUGGAGUUGCCAGGAAUUGAACCCAGGACCUUCUGCAUGCCAAGCAAACGCUCUACCAUCUGAGCUACGGCCUGUCCCCAAGGACUAAUCACUUCCACAAGGAGGCUUCCAAGACCCCUGUGUGGGUUGAAGGCCAAUUUUUAGACCUCAGUGCACAGCAGCAACAUACCUUCCAGGCAUCCCUAUUUUAAUUCCCAGAGUUACAGAAGCCGCCCUGGCUUCUGACUUGAUCCCAGAAAGUCCCAGGGAUGAGCUGGUGCUUGCAGCCAGCCCUGGUUCUUGCAGUGGUGCUGUGUUUUCGCCGGGUUUUGUGGCACCCAAAGAUGGACAUCCCAAUUUUACGUGCCCCGAUUUGCUUCAGGGGAAUGUUGGAGGGGAUGCAGACAUGGGAUAUUCCUCCCAACUGUUAUAAGAAAAAACUGCUCCUUUCCCCUUAUCCAAGAGCCCACAUAGAGUCCUUAAGUGGGUCCCCUAUCGGUGGGAGAAAAUAGCAGAGGCCAACCAGAGAAUAUUGAGAAGCAAAGCAGCUAGUAUGCCUGAUCUUUAUUAAACUGUUGCAACAGGGUUCCCCCUUCACACGCAGGAGGGAGGAGGAACCCUGAACAAUGGCAUACAAGCCCUUAUAUAGACUUUUGAAAUUGCCCACCCUGUAGCCCAAGACCACCCCCCAAAACAUCAUACAUACAUCACAGAAGGAGGCGGUCUACAGCAGAGAUCCUGCCUGCCAGGAUACCUGAUAGUGGUCACUGAUUGCUUUCCCUGGGCAGCCUGGCCAUUCUUUUGUGAUGGUUAAUAUUUAGUCCCUGAGUCCAGGUCGCAGGCUCACCCUAUUCAUAAAACAGGAUUCGUAAGCAAAAAGACAAAGGGAAGGCAGAGGAAUAUUUGAGGUCAACUUGAGAGAGUCAAAAUAGCUUCAGGAUUGCUCUCCUGUACUGUUUCAAACACGUGGUUUAUAUACUUAUGCGUAUGUUUGCCUUGGACAUUUAUGAACAUUUAAAUUAUAUUUGAGUGCUUAGAAUUCUUAUGACGCUACCUCCCCCAACCUUUCUGCUUCCCUGUCUCCCCAAUGCUGCAGUUUUUCCUGGAGACCCUCCCUCGCCUCCUUCGCAUGUCCAAACCGGCCGAGAGCGAGCCCGAACACAGGCUGGUGAUCCGGCGAUGCAGCUCUGUGGGCUACAUUGCCAAGGCGGAGGAGUACUUCACCGUGAAGUCCCGCAGCGAGCUGAUGUUCGAGAAGCAGUCGGAGAGGCACGGCUUGGCUAGCCGCAUCACCCCUGCCAGUGAGCUUGCGGGGGGCAGGGGGUGGUCACUGCUCCCAGGGGGCCAGAAGAGGGCCACCGUCUCAGAGGGCUUGGAGAGAAGACGAGGCAGAACUUACGGAGGGCAGGACAGGCUCAUGAGAACAUGAGCCCUGAUGGCACAGACCCAAGGGACCACAUGCUCUUCUCAACAGUUUUCUGCAGGCCAUACAGUGGUACCUCUGGUUGCGAACGGGAUCUGUUCCAGAGCCCCGUUCACAACCUGAGCAGAACGCAACCCGCAUCUGUGCGUCCGUGGGUCGUGAUUUGCUGCUUCUGCGCAUGCUCGUGAUGUCAUUUUGAGCGUCUGCGCAUGCGCGAGCGGCGAAACCCGGAAGUAACCCUUUCCGGUACUUCCGGGUCGCCACGGGACACAACCUGAAAAGAUUUAACCUGAAGCGUCUUUAACCCGAGGUAUGACUGUAUUUUAUUUUGUUCCAUCUCAUUUUUAAUUUGUAUACCGCCUUUCUAUAUCACUAUACACAAGGCAGUUUGCAAAGCUGAAGAAACAGCAAAAUAGACAGAUCACCCAUGAAAUAUACUCAGAGUCGAGAGUGGAUUUCAUGCUCUUUAUUCAGCUCAUAGUGGUGAGGAGGGGAUGAAUGUCCCCUCAAAGUAUCUGCUUUAUAUACAUUAUUUAUACAAUGGGCUGCACGUGACUGGCUAAUUCCGGAAUUCUCCUGUAGGCCAAUCAGGUUGUGGAUUCACUUCCACCUGGAGCUGGAUUGGGUGGCUCCUGCCGACCAAUCAUACUGCUGCAUUGUUCUAGGACCAAUCAGACUGCUAAAGUUUGGAUCCUAUUCAACUCAGUACAUAACACCCCACCUAAUAACAACCUGAUCCAAUGCACAAAAGUCAUAACGAAAACAUAACUUUGAAAUGAACAAUCUAUAUCGAACAAAGCAAUAUUCAAUUAUCCAUUGGAAUAUAAUAGUAGAAUUAAAUAUCAGCAGAUGAUAAUUAAACAGUUUACACUUAACAAUUAUGAUAAAGAACUACAAAACUAUAAUCAAUAAAAAUAACGUCAAGUCACAACGCAUAAAAUACCACAAAACAUGCAAAACCAGGUAAAAGGGUCAAAUUGAGAAACAAGGGGGCACAAGUUAUAAAAUUAUUAUUUUUUAAUAUCCCUGGUGGGCAGGGCCAGAGGCAAAAGUGGGUUUUACGGUUGCAAAGGAGGCUGGUUUCUAUGCCCACUCACACGCCCCUCUCUGCCCUCAGUCCACGCAGGUAAGAGGCGUGGUCAGAGUUCUAGGACAUAGUCCAGCCAGGCAAAAACACUCCAGCAGAGGGUGAAGGGGUGUGUGGCCUGGGGAGACUCCCAAGGGCCAGAGGGAGAGGCCUGGACUUCUCCCCCCUCACCCACCAGCAUGAGGCUCCUCCACCCUUGCAGUGGCCAACCAGAUACCUCAAGCAGCACCUGAGUGCUCAGUUAUCAAUAAUAAUAAUAAUAAUAAUAAUAAUAAUAAUAAUUUAUUAUUUAUACCCUGCCCAUCUGGCUGGGUUUCCCAGCCACUCUGGGCAGCUUUCAACAGAAUAUUAAAAAUACAAUAAAGCAUCAAACAUUAAAAACUUCCCUAAACAGGGCUGCCUUCAGACGUCUUCUAAAAGUCAGAUGGUUGUUUAUUUCCUUGACAUCUGGUGGGAGGGUAUUCCACAGGGCGGGUGCCACCACCGAGAAGGCCCUCUGCCUUGUUCCCUGUAACCUCACUUUUCGCAGCGAGGGAACCGCCAGAAGGCCCUCGGAGCUGGACCUCAGUGUCUGGGCUGCACAAUGGGGGGCGGGGAGACGCUCCUUCAGGCCUACUGGGCUGAGGCCAUUUAGGGCUUUAAAGGCCAGCACCAACACUUUGAAUUGUGCUCAGAAACGUACUGGGAGCCAAUGUAGGUCUCCACCACUGAAUCUCAGUGGAACCUCAUUUGGUUGCUUUUUAUGAGAACUGGAACAGGCCAGAGAGAGGCUUCUGCACCAGGAUGUAAUGAUCCUUAAAAAAGUCUUAACCAACUUACAUAAAAUAUGCAUUAUAAUUACACAUCAGGUCAGAUGUGAAAAGCAAGGAAGGUUUAGAAAGAAUUAUAAACUGACACACACCGGUGUGUCCAGUCAGUAGAACCUCUGCUCUGGUUCACCGUGGCUCAAAUUCAAACUGAAUUUUUAUCUAACACCAGAGCACCAUCUCCAAAACACGCUGGCUGCCAGGAAAUUCGAAUAUUGUUUUUAUAGACUGUAAAUUUAGCUGGUGGAUGUAAACGCUUGGGUUCUAAAUUUUUUAUGCCUGCCUUGCACUGCCGCUGUGGGCUGUGCUUUUUAUUAUUGCUGUUAUCAGAACAGCAGCUUAGAAAUAUUGUUCAUAAAUAGAUAAAUGUUUGAAAGCCCGGGCAUUGGCGCUAAUCUGCAUUCGUGAACACUGCAGGGCUGUUGCAAUGGGAAGGGGGGGGCGGACAGGAGAGCCUUGCAGGGGCCUACGCCCCUCUCCUGCAGCCCCUACUUCUUAGCGAAGGGACCUCUGUGGUCGCACACACCCAUCUGCUUGUAAAUUGUGGAAUGUUUAUUCCAAAAACGUUAUGCAGCCAACUCAGUGACAACGAUUCGCAUGGCGACUAAUUUAUAAGUUAAAUGCUGCAGAGGGAACACAGAAAUCUUGCAAAUCAGUGGCAAACCAGACUGCGGCGCCUUCAAAACACCCUCAGCCGCCCCUGGGCAGAUUAGAGCCCCUGUAAGCAGAGAAGCAGAGGUGGCCCAUCCCAUCUUGUCGCCUGAGGCGAAACGGGAAGGCGCUGCCCUGUGUGCGAGACGUAUUUUUCGCUCCAUAAGACACGCCUGACCAUAAGACGCAGGAAGUUUUUAGAGCAGGAAAACAAGAAAAAAAUAUUCUGAACUAAACAGUGGAUGUAUGAUUUUUGUGGUUCAUGCUGUGGCCACAGACAUGUGAUCUGAUGGUGAAUUUGGGAUGACCCAAUGCAAAAAUCCUGAGGAUCCAUGGGCUUUUACCUCCCCCCUCCCAGGCAGCCUCCGCUAGCCUCCCUUAUCCCUCUUCCGAUCCCAUCGAUCAGCUGUUUCCUUUCAACACUCCCUUCCCGCUUGUUUGCCUUAGUGUCUUUUCCUUAGCUGGAGCAGUUUUUUGCUCCUCCUUUUCUCCUAAUUUCUCUCCUUAUUGCUUUAGUCUUCCUGUUUCCCCCCUUUGCAAGUUUACUGUCUUUACCUCCCCCUCCCCAGGCAGCCUCCUUUAUCUCUAGUGUCCCUUAUCUCUCUCCCCGAUCGGCAAACGAUCAGCGGCUUUGUUUCAACACCUGCUUCCCUCUUUCAAAAAAAAGAGGAUGAUCUGAUUUUUGCCCCUGGGCAAUUCAGCUCCAGGGACCACACAUUCUCUGCAUAAGACGCACAGACAUUUCCCCUUACUUUUUAGGGGGGGGGUGCGUCUUAUGGAGCGAAAAAUAUGGUACAUACACUCUUGACACCCCCACUGAAGCCUCACUUACUAGGGUCACAGGAAGGCAGCUGAGGACUGUCCUCUGUGAAGUGGACUGCAUGGCCACCCAAGUCUCGCUGUGGCCCAGGUUUGGUUCCAGUGGGUGGCCAGGGGAGGCCUCUCUGGGGCUGGCAAGGGGCCCUGCACCCCAGCAGCAGCUCCAAAGAUCAGAGAGGAUAUUCUCGACGCAUUGCAGGGGGUUGGACUAGAUGACCACAGGGGUCCCUUCCAACUCUACAGUACUAGGAUUCCAUGAAGCCCCUUUUUGAUUAUGAGUCCACUGAGGUCAUCUUGAUUAUGGAUGGAUGAAUCUGCCAGCUGUGCUUAAUAUGCACAUUUCUGCAAAGAAGUUUUCCCUAAUAAAAUGUGCUUUUGCUUCUCCAAAAUGCAGAAUGCCAUGGCGAGGCUCCUUACGGGGUCCUUGCCGUGGGAUCACAUUCAUCCAGUGCUUUUCCCAUCUCCGCCGUAUUAAGCAGUUGGUCCCUUACCUUUCUCGCCCUGAUCUGGCCACAGUGAUCCAUGCGAUGGUCACCUCCAGGUUUGAUUAUUGUAACUCACUCUACGCGGGGCUGCCCUUGAAGCUGAUCCAGAAACUCCAGCGGGUUCAGAAUGCCGCAGCGAGGCUCCUUACGGGGUCCUUGCCACGGGAUCACAUUCAUCCAGUGCUUUACCAACUGUACUGGCUGCCAGUGGAGUACAGGGUCAGGUUUAAGGUGCUGGUUUUGACCUUUAAAGCCCUAUGCGGCCUAGGACCCACGUACCUACGGGACUGCCUCUCCUGGUAUGCCCCGCGGAGGACCUUAUGGUCCACAAAUGACAACAUUUUGGAGGUCCCAGGUGCAAGGUUGGUUAGUUUGGUCUCAACUAGGGCCAGGGCCUUUUCAGUACUGGCCCCGACUUGAUGGAACGCUCUGUCACAAGAGACCAGGGCCCUGCGGGACUUGACAUCUUUCCGCAGGGUCUGCAAGACAGAGCUGUUCCGCCUGGCCUUUGGUUUGGACUCAGUCUGACCCUUCUGUUUCCCUCCCCUUAUGGUCUUGAUCUAUGGGCUACUUUUAAAAUGAGGCUGCAUUUUAAAUUGCAUUUUAACCUGUAUUUUAAAUUGGUCCCCCUCCCCCCAUUAUGUUUUUACUGUGAUUUUAUUGGUGUUAGCCGCCCUGAGCCGGGCUCUGGCCGGGGAGGGCGGGGUAUAAAUAAAAUUUAUUAUUAUUAUUAUUAUUUAUUUGAUACUGACUUUAUAUGCAGGCGACACAUUUUUGUGCCCACCGCUUGGCUGGAGAACUGCGCUGUGAAGGAUGGCUGUACGUUUCAGUUCAGGUCCCCCCAGAAACCGCAAAUUGGGUAGCUUCACCCUGAAGUGCAAGCUGAACUGAAUUCCUCCUUCUACCCAUCGUAGCCCAGUUUGCUUGAUCCAAGAGCUGGGACCCAAAUUCUGUGCUGCCCUCUCGGUGGCUGCCUUCACCCUGCAUUUGUGAGGAAACCCUCUCCCCCCCCCCGUUUCCUGGAUGUAAUCUGCUCACCCCUUCUCUCCUCUCUGUCCGCUAGGGCCAAACCCCCACGGGGUGGAGGGCACAGAGGAACAGCUCUACAAUGAGAUCAAGCCGGCCAUCACUGGAGCCAACUUCAUCGUGAAGCACACGCGAGACAAGAAUGACUACAAUGAGGUGGGCUUGGCAGAAGCCUCACGGCUCUUCUAUGGUUUACCUUUGGUUCCUCUGAGCCCAAGCUCCUUGCUAGUGCCUUAGAUUACAAUGGAUUCCUCCUCAACAGUCAUCGAUGCCCCGUCUGCACUACACAUUUAAAGCGGUAUCAUUCCACUUUAACAGUCCUGGUUUCCCCCAAAGAAUCCUGGGAUCUGUAGUUUAUUGUUUGGUGCUGAGAGUUGUUAGGGGACCCCUGCUGCCCUCAUGGAGCUACGGUUCCCAGAGGGGUUUAAUAAUAAUAAUAAUAAUAAUAAUAAUAAUAAUUUAUUAUUUAUAUCCUGCCCAUCUGGCCGGGCCUCCCCAGCCACUCUGGGCGGCUUCCAACAAAAUAUUUAAAAAACCCUCUUCCCAGGGAACUCUGGGAAUUCGAUGCUCUGCUGGAUUUUAACCCUUGCUGGAUCCAGGAGAUUAGGAAGGACUGAGGCUAAAUCUCUGCCAAACAUACAACCAUUUUUAAUGAUGUUGAAUCAUCUUAAAUAGUAAUGAUUAUAUUAGAGUGGCCUUGUACCAAGUCGGAUCAUUAUUCCAUCUAGCUCAGUGCUGUGUGGCACUGACUGGCAGCUGCUCUCAAGGGUUCCAGGCAAGGGCUAUGGAAUGGCUCUCCUGGAAGAUGCCAUUGGGGAUGAACCUGGGACCUUGUACGUGCCAAGCCUGUACCUGCAAUUUCGCAAUACGGCAGGCUCGCAACUUGCAACGCAUUUAACUGCGGGGUUGCAGCUUUACACAUCUGGCAGCUGGUCAGCCGACACCACACAAAUUAAGCAUAUGCAAGGCAGAGAGAUUAAAAGCUCUUUUCCUGCUGCAGAAAUGACUUCUAAGCUUUCCAUGUUGCUUCCUGGGCUCUGGGAAGGUCUGUUUGGCUCUAGGAGGCUCUCUGCCUUCUGGUUUCGUGGGAGCAAAGCCUGCCUGGCAUGCCAGCUUUGAGAAAUUAAGGAUGGCCACACAGGGGCAUUUCCGGGGUUGCUAUGUGUUAAGUCGUGGGCGAACAUAUCAGACGACACAGCGAUUCUUCAAACAGCUCUUGUUUAUUCCAAGGCCAGAACAGAACUGAACUGAAGAGCUCAGUCAGCCUGCUUAUAUAGAGCUCCAGAACACGUAACUGUAGCAACUUUCUAAAACUAUCCAAUCACUGAACGUCACUUUCGAUCCUUCAUUUGCAUAACUAUCUACAGUAUCCCCCUGCUGGCCCAGGGUGAGAACUUCAGUACAUAACACUAUGACUUCCUGACAGUAAGAGCCUUCCCUGACCCAACCGGUAGUGGAGCAGCUGUAAGUGAUGGCCCAGCUGAAGGCAACGAAGUAUUCCCCACAUCUGGAGCCAGGGCAGGCUCAGGCCCCUGACUCGGCCCAGCUGGUGCUUGUUGCAGGGGAACCUGUGCAGACUGGGGCUCUUCAGAAUCAGGCCCCAGACUUGGUUCAGAUGCAGCCUGAGGCAAAGGAUCCGGUGCGGACUGAGACUCCUCUGGUUCCGAGUCUGAGCCCAAGUCCCAGGCUAUUACACCACACAGUCGCCACCCCCUGCCAAAAUGUAACCUCUCCUCGUUGGGAGCCUACUGUAUCCCAACUGAGCCCUGCCCUCCCUUUGCAUCCUUCAUCUCUGGCUGCGCACACCAACGGAAUGACAGGACCAGCCUUUGGCUCAUGUGCCGCGGAGGCUGGAUGGUAAUCUGUCAUGGAUGCUUUAGUUGAGAGGGGGUUGGACUAGAUGACCCUCGGUUUCCCUUCUCUACAAUCCCAUUAUUCUCUGCUGCGCAGCCCAGCUGUCAAGAGGGCAUCCUUGGGUACCCUCACUUUCUGUGUCAGGCUGUGGUGCAGAAUGUACCGUAUGCAUCGACCGGGAAAUGGGAAGGUUUGUGUAUGCUUGAGUUGACCUCUGUACAUGGGUUGGGGGAGGGGGGGAUUUUGUGGUCUUUGGGCCCUUCCGAACCUUGCGAUUUCAUUGGCAGGAGAUAGACAACUGGAACAGCAUUGCCCGCACGGUGGACCGCCUUUGCUUCUUCCUGGUCAUGCCCGUUCUGAGCCUUGGCACCUUGUGGAUCUUCCUGAACGGGUCCUACAACCACCCUCCCCCCUUGCCCUUCGAAGGGGAUCCCUACGACUACAAUGAAGUGAACAAGAAUUACAUCUAGAGCUGGAGGGGACCCUUGACCCCCAUCUCCCCAGAUUCAGAGGGCUGCACUAGGCCCUUGACUCCAUUUGAGAGCCGGUCUUCUUCCCUUCCUCUUACCUGUGAGAUGGGACGCAGCCCGUACGAACUCACACUCGCCUCCCAAGCCAGCUGGCGUGUUGCAUUCUCUUAAAUUGUUUCUGCUUUUCUGCCUUGUCUAUUGCGGUGCAAUAAAAGGCUCUGAAACUACAGGGAGGACCUGUUCAGGCAGAAGUGUCCUGGAUAGCAAGGGGGAAAGGUUGACGUAACUUUUCUUAGGCAAUGUGUCUCUGGGUGAGGAAAACCACCCUCACUACGUUCCACACAAAAAUUUGUAUCUCUUUCCAUCACUGGUAAAUUCUUGCACAUGACAUAGAAAUAUUAUAAGCUGCCUUAUGUCGAGUCAGAUACCCUUGGCCCAUCUAGCCUAAUAUUGUCUACACUGACUGGCAGAAGCUCUUCAGGGGAGGGGGCAUUCCCAGCCCUGUGUUGGGAUGCCAAAGAUUGAAUCUGGGGCCUUCUACAUGAAAAGCAGGUGCCAUAUGACCACCACCACCACCCCUCUUUUUUUUAAAGAAAUGUGGUUUAGUUUGAACUAUGGAAAAGCCAGCCAUGCAAAGCUCCUAUUGGGCAAUACCUGUGCCUUCACCAACACUACUUCCUGAUGCAGUUUUGCAACAUCCUGCAGUCCAAUACACACUUACUUGGGAGUAAAAGUGUUUCCAGAUUAGGGAUGGACAAAUCUAUGUCAGUUUCUAUUUUUUCCAGUCUUAGAUUCAGUUCCCCACAUAUCAGUUUGCUUUUUUUAAAAGAGUCCUUGUGAAAAAUUGUCAGCAUGUAGUGUGCGAUUAUCCAACAUAUACUCAGUUUUGUAUGCAGUUUUGACUAAUAUAGACAUUUUCCAAGACAUUUUCAGCAAUAAACUGCAUUUUUAAUGUU